CGUCGCAGUCCACUAGAUGGCGGUGUGCGCGUAAACCUCAAUGGAGGAGCAGAAAACAAACGACGUCACAACAACAAAGUUUCAGGAGUGACCGGACAGCUGACGGACAGACGGAGAGACAGACAGACGGAGAGGCGGAGAGACGGAGAGACUGGCUUCGUGUCCGACUGUCUGCGGCGAUGUGGCUGUCUGUGCGCUUCGCUGUCCGCAGGCUGGCCGUGUGCGGCAGCUCCGUGGUCAUGCUGCUGCUGCUGCUGGUCCAGUUCUGUGCGCUGAACCUGCUGUCCGUGCUGAGCCCCGCUCUGGCCCGGAGGAUCAUGCUCCGGCUGGGGGAGCGGAGCACCAUGAGCCUCAACCCGCGCUUCCGCUACGAGGACUGGGCUCCUUCCUUCACCACACCGCGCUUCCUGGAGGCCGUUCUGCGGGGCUGCUGGAGCUGUUUGGGGGAUUCCGCUUUUGUGGGCCAUCGGGCUCCAGACUGCCCCCUAAUCACCCUGGAGGGGGGCAGGACCAGCGUCCAUCAGUUCAUCCGGGGUAAUCGUCCACUCGUCCUGAGCUUCGGAAGCUGCACCUGACCACCGUUUCUUUUCAAACUUGACGAGUUCAAGCAGCUCGUCAGGGACUUUGGUGAUGUGGCCGAUUUCCUCGUGAUCUACAUCGCCGAAGCGCAUGCCACAGAUGGCUGGGCCUUUGCCAACAAUGUGGACAUCAACCAGCACAGGAGCUUGCAGGAGAGACUGACCGCAGCAAAGUCUCUGAUUAAAGAAAACCCGCUGUGUCCUGUGGUAGUGGACGAGAUGAAUGACAUCACAGCCAGCCGUUACGGAGCCCUGCCUGAGCGACUGUACGUUCUUCAGGGAGGAAAGGUCAUCUACAAGGGAGGCAAGGGUCCUUGGGGCUACAGUCCAGAGGAAGUACGGAAGGUGCUGCAGAAGAUGACCUAGGAUGUGAGAUACGAGGACAUGAGAGAGAGUUAUCUUGGCUUUGCUGCUUUCUUUAUAUAUAUUAUACACACACACACACACACACACACACACACACACACACA